CUCACCCGCUCCAGUUUUCUCACUCAGUGCUCCACAUCUGGUGUUUUCUCUGCUUGGAUCUCCCAGGGGUCGUUGACCUGACAGAGGAUACGUGUUUGCCAGCAUCUCACCGCUUUGGCCCUGCACCACCACAUGGGUUUGAACUUUCCAUGGCCUUAAUCCAGCUCUGUGAACACUUCACGUCUGUCAAAUUUAGAUGAAAGAUUUUCAUUCUCUCUGUAUUUUAUAUCUCAGACCUUCAGGAUUGAUCUUUUCUGUUAAAUCCAUGUUUCAAUGUCACUGACUUCACUGUCAACACGUAUUGCAUCAAAGCGCCAUACGAAUAAAGUUUAAUUGAAGAUGACCCGGUCUGUUUUGAGUCAAUGAUCCACGUGAGUGCACAGGGCGAGCGACGUUGAUUAAAGAUGGACUGAAGGAGGAGAGAGAGUGUCAAACCCCUCCUCCAGCACAGACUGACUGACAGACUCGUGGACCAACCGUCUCUCCUCUGGAUCUUUGUCCCGAUUGGCCACAGAAGGCCUGAAAUCUGAUCCCCCGUCACCCCCCCUCCCCUCAUGGAGGUGGUGGUGAUGCUGCUGCAAGCUGCUGGUGUUGCCGUGACGAUGAUAUCCUCCCCCAUCGACACGCUCACGGAGACGGAGGAGAGGCAGCAAACAGGACAGAGUCACGAAGGACGGCUUCAGGCCGGGGAAGACGUCCCACCGACCGACUGCCAACCGCGGACGGAGCAGAACCUCCAAAAUUCAACCUGACGGGACCGGACGGCCCCUCUGGGAGGUUUGAGACCACGACGACGGUCAACAGGUUGGAAUAAAGAAGAACACCCUUAUCUGCAGAGGUGACCCCCCCCCCCUCCAACACACAGUGAAACUCCAAUCAGCAGGUCAGCUGCUCAUUAUGGGCUGCCAGAUGUGGUGUGAAGAACCACCGCUUGAGUGUGUGAUGGAGUAAAGCAGAGGGUCUUCCGAAGACAACACAACCUGAGCAGAGAGCCCCUUCCUCUGGCUGCAGAGACGAUCACGGGGGUGUGAUCGGUGCCCCCCCCUCACCAGGCUGCCUCUCGUAGAUGGAGGCCCACCAGCACUCCCCUGAUACCAGCAGUGAGGAGUGCACCGUCCUGGAGGCCCCACCUGGAAAAAACUCCUGCCCCCAACAUGCAGCCAAGGUCGCUGACGUGUUCUGUUCGGCCUGCGAGUGCGCGCUGUGCAGCGACUGUGUGCCGGAGCACGAACAGCACCCUAAGGUGCCCCUCAGCCAAGCUCUGGAGCAGCACCGCAGCCUCCUGCAGGAGAGGCUGGGGGCUGUUCAGACCAGACUGCCCCAGAUUUCGGAUGCGCUGUCUUUCGUCAAGGAGAUUCUCCACCAGCUGACCAGCCAGAGAGGCUCCAUCGAAGAGGACAUCCAGUCCAGCUUUGAGGAUCUGCACAAGCAGCUGGACGUUCGGAAGAGUGUGCUGCUGAUGGAGCUGGAGGUCACGUACGGACUCAAACAGAAGGUCCUUCAAGCCCAAAUAGACAGACUCCUCCGUGGAGACGAGGACAUCUCCAGCGUCUGCACCCAGACGGAGGAGGCUCUGGCGGGCGAGGCAUGCGCCGCAAACCUGCAGGUGGAGCGCGACCUCGGGGAAAGGCUGGGCGAGCUGGCUCACCUCUGCAUACCCAGCCAGCCCGAGGAAAACGACCAGCUGGAUCUGAUCCUGGAGACAGAUGGGCUGAGAAAGUCCAUCCACAACCUGGGGACCAUCCUCACCACCAGCGCGGUGGCGAGCCAGAGUGAAGCCAUGGGUGCCGGUCUGGAACAGUCCAUCGUGGGACUUCCUGCCUCGGUUACCAUAGUUACAAGAGACAAAUCCGGAGGGGCCUGCAAAAGUGGCAAUGCCAUUCUUUCCGCUGAGGUCUUCACCCCAGAUGGCAGCAUCGUAGACGGCGAGAUCGUUGACCACAAGAACGGCACGUACGAGUUUGUGUACACGGUGCCGAAGGAGGGGGACUUCUCGCUGGCUCUGCGGCUCUACAACCAGCACAUCAAAGGGAGUCCCUUCAAACUGAAGGUCAUCAGAGCCUCAGAGGUGGAGGUAGAGGUGUCUCCCUCCACAACAACAGCAACCAACUCAGCAGCCAAUGCCACACCCUCUACCGGCUCCUCUGAGGGGGCAAAGCGGCGAGGGAAGUCACCCGGACAGAAGAAGAAGGGCUCAAAACGAGCCAGCAGCGCCCUGGGCACGCCGCGGCGCAAAACCCAGAACCCCAUCGAGGAUGACCUCAUCUUCAAGAUUGGGACAAAGGGAAGGAAUAAGGGGGAGUUCACCAACCUUCAAGGAGUGGCUGCCUCUUCCAUCGGCAGAAUACUGAUAGCUGACAGCAACAAUCAGUGUGUUCAGAUUUUCUCCAAUGAGGGAGAGUUUAAGAGCCGUUUUGGUGUUCGCGGACGCACGCCAGGCCAGCUGCAGCGACCUACAGGUGUGGCUGUGCACCCCUCUGGUGACAUCAUCAUUGCCGACUAUGACAACAAGUGGGUUAGCAUCUUCACCAGUGAGGGCAAGUUCAAGGCCAAACUCGGAUCCGGCAGACUCAUGGGGCCAAAAGGAGUUUCCGUGGACCAAAAUGGUCACGUGAUCGUCGUCGACAACAAGGCGUGCACCGUCUUCAUCUUCCAGCUGACCGGGAAACUCAUCACCAAAUUUGGUAGUCGUGGCAACGGUGAUAAACAGUUUGCAGGUCCACACUUUGCAGCAGUGAACAAAAACAAUGAGAUCAUCAUCACGGACUUCCAUAACCACUCCGUGAAGGUGUUCACCCCUGAAGGAGAGCUGGUGUUGAAGUUUGGCUCGAAUGGCGAAGGGAACGGUCAGUUUAACGCUCCCACGGGCGUGGCUGUGGACACUAAUGGAAACAUCAUCGUGGCUGAUUGGGGCAACAGCCGGAUACAGGUCUUUGACGGCAGCGGGUCUUUUCUGUCGUACAUCAACACGUCUGCUGACCCUCUGUACGGACCGCAGGGCCUGGCUCUGACCUCAGACGGACACGUGGUCGUGGCCGACUCUGGCAACCAUUGCUUUAAAGUCUACCGCUACCUGCAAUGAUAAAGGCUUGGGUGGGUGGAAGGAGCAGGAAAAGACGCUCAAUGCAUGAUGUCCGAUGAUAACUGCAUGGACCUGUGACAAGGGUUGACUGCAAGAUAAUGAAACUACCUGAGAGUUUGGUCGUCAUGACAGCGUUGAGAUCAUCAAGAGAAACGAAGACGACAUGCAAUGGAAACCAGAAACUUUUCUAAAGCCAAUUGCAGAGAUGGGAGCAAAGAAUGAAGAGAAUCUCCAGGUACAAAACAUUUCCCCCAAAGGUUGGUGCUGACGGCUUUAAUGGUAGAACAAAUGUUUUCUAGGGUGAAUGAUUUAAAAUCGUCUUUGGAAAAUAUCAAUUUUUCCAAUUACAAUGGUUGCUAAAAUGGACGAGGAGAUAUUAUAAAUACACAGAUGCGUGCAGAGGAGGAUUGUGGGUUUUGCCAUCCUGUGUUGUGUGUAAAUGAUGGCCCCUGAUAUUUUUACUUAAACGUUUUAGUUUGCAUGUGAUGGUGAACUUUGGAUGAAGUGUUCCAUUGACUUCAUGAUUAUUUAUGACUUUGGAACAGUUAAGGAUUCGUCCAUAGACCGAGACACGAGCCACUUUGAGCCAGCGUUCCUUUCACGGUGAGAUUGUUUGAUUUGUUGAAUGUUUUCUUUGCGGUUCAUCUGCUACAGAUUGAGUUCCUCAUUCCUGCCUGAGCUUAACUUUGAUUGUCUGGAUGUCUGUGUUCCCUCUAUAUUUGCAUAUUUUUUUCCUGAGAAAAACAGAAAAACCUACAAGUUCUAUUUGUGGGAAUAUUCAUUCACAAUGUGUGCAAAACUUGAACUAAGGAACGUCCUGUAUUACAGUAACAUUCAGACACAAAUGUGUGAACUCAAUUGUCUUAGUAAGAAAAAGAAGGACCAGACGGGGCAUUCUAGGAGAUACAGAUUCUUUUUUAUGCCUUCAAAGGUCUAGAAUGUUCCCAUUCCUUUAUCUUGAAAACUUGGAGGUUCUAGAAUGUUCCGAUUCAUCCUUCUUUAUAAUUUAAAUGUUUUUAAAUGUUCCAAUUCUUUAUGACCUAAAAAAUACAGAAUGUUCAGAUUCAUCCAUGUCUUAGACCCAGAGGUUCUAGAAUGUUCAAAACUGUUUUUCUUCAUGACUUCAAAGUUCUAGAAUGUCCUGAUUCUUUUUUUUAAUGAAAACUUGAAGGUUCUAAAACAUGGCUGCCCAAAUCCAGGCCUCGAGGGCCGGUGUCCUACAUGUUUUCCAACCAACCUGCCUUUGAAGCUUCUUUAUUGGCUAAAACACACCUGAACCAGAUAAUCAGCAGCAGAUAAGGCGGGGUUUCUGGAGAACCAGCAAGAGGCCGGCUUCAGGCCAGGAUUUGGAGAACUCCUGUUCUAAAAUGUUCAUGUUCUUUUUUUUUCUAAGACUCGAAAGUUUCAGAAUGUUCGGAUUCAUCCCCACUGUUAGGUUCUAGAAUGUUCCAAUUUCUCCCUCUUUAUGACUUGAAUGUUCAGUUGAAUCCCUUUUCAAGAGUUGAGGGUUCUAAAUGGUUCAGAUUCCUUCCUGCUGGUGGGUCGAUGGCUCUAGAAUGUUCAGCUUCGUCCUUCUUUACAACUUGAAGGUCCUGAAAUGUUCAGAUUCUUCCUUUUCUUUAACCUGGAUGUUCUAGAAUCGCCCGUUGGUGUGGAUUUACGGAUUCUAGAAUGCCUUAGAUAUUCAUGAGGUUCCCUCAGUUGCUUGAUCCAUUCCAUCCUGUGGGUCCUCAUCAAAAGAACGAUGCAUGAGUGUUUUAGGCUGCAUCUCCGGACAUGGUUUAAAUGUGUUCAUGAACAGCUACAUGUCCACAAAACAAACUGGAUGUUUACAGGCAGCUGAGUAAGAGGACGGAAGAUGAGGGUGGACUGCGAACAACCACAUUUUAGUCAUUUCUAACAAAAAGGUCAGAAAAUGUGAAACUUCUACUACAACAGCAACUCCCUUUAGGCUUGUGCAGUUAUAGAGGACGUUUAAUAAAUCUGACCGGUUUCUCUGAGAUGCAUAUCAGUUUAAAUUUCAUGUCAUAUUCGUUGGUAAUCCUCCUCAGUGCUGCCUGAGCCUGGUUUUACGGUAAUCCUCUUUAAGUACCACGUCUGUAAUAACCAACAACAAGAACAUCUCUUAAAGUUAGAAAAAACUGGUAUGUGUUCCCUUUCAUGAAGGAAUGUGCACAAAAGCAGUGUUUUGUCACCGUAAAGAAUGACUUUGAUGACAGUGAAACAAACAAAAGGGACAGAAACGAUCGGAUCUGUUGACAAAAGACUGGAUGUUUGAUGGAGUUUGGUGCAACAAGCUGUUAUCUGCAAACCUAAGCAGUUUUAGCAUCUGAUGCCAUAAAUACUAUACGCACAGAGCUGUGAAUGAGCCGCUGAGUGUUGAGUAAAACCACAUUCCCAUCAUUCCUCAUGAACGGUGAGGUCAAAAAUGGGAAAUGACCAAGAAUUUACAGACUGCAUUCCUAUAAAGUCCCUUGUGACACUACAGCCACGUUUCCACUGAGCGGUCCGGUCCGGUAUAUUGAGAGUUUCCAUUAUAAAAUGGAGCCAGACUCAACCGUACCAUUUUUGGGCCCCCGUUGGUUGUGGCUCCACAGAAAAAUGAAAUGGACCGGUUAGGGCAGAGCCACUGUUGAAAUCUGUUGAUUAGCUGAAGGUCAUUACGACGAAAGAAAGCUCCAAGAAAGCAGCUGUAUUCUUCUUUGCCGCCCACAAUCGUCUCUCAGACAGCAGUAACCCUUGUGUUAUCCUAGGCACUUUAACGAUGGGAGUUGGGUCAUCUAGACCCACUAGACAGUGCUCUGAACCAAUGAUUUGUGAUCUUCACUGGU